CCUUGACUAGCAAUACACUUGUGUGUGCAAUAAACGUAUACUUUUCUUUUUCCAUAUUCUGAAUAUAUUUUAAAAAACGCUUUCAGACAUGAGGAAUUGUGUUGUCUUUGAAGAUAUGAAGGUUUCUGCGACAAAGAGCGUUGCUCUUAAGUCAUGAUAGUGUUUUGCUUACAUAAUGUUUUAAAACUUAUGAAAUAUGCUUAAAUAAUUAUAUUAAUGCAAUUUUUCACAAUGUGACGUUCUUUAGAAAACAUUAUCCAGUAUGAAGAAGUAUGAUUGUUUAGUACAGCGUCGAGUAUAAGAGUCAGGAUGCGUGUAGUGUCCAGCAGAAAGAGAAAAUAUUGGUUUGGUGGGAACGGCUGGGUCGUGUGUGUCACUCUGAUGACAUGCUGUUGGCUUGUAGUCGGUGAUGCAGUGCGGAACACUUCUACGCUGAUGCCACGUGGCAACAGUAGCGUUAAAAUUGGCGCUUCCUCAAGAGCGCGUGAAUCAACUGGUGUUAAAAUUGGUGGUAGUGAGAAUAAGAGGCAUCGCGAAGGUGUUAGAGUUGGCGAAGCGUCCAGAAACAGAGACCCAGUUACUGUAAAGGUAGUGACGACUGUACCGUCUAAAGUGCAGUCCUCCAGUGACAAGACGUCCGGAAACGUGUCUCGAACGAAUGCUGCAGAAGGAAAUCGUUCGGCGACGGUGGUGUCCCCGGGAAGCCUAGCGACUGUACCUGCCCCUUCGUCCACGACGACUAAGUUGCAUAUUGGACUCGUGGUUCCAUCAAAGUCUUUCGGAGUGAGAGAAUAUACCAGAGCUUUCCAUGCCGCCAUAACAGGAUUGCAGACGAGGACGAGAGGCAGGAAACUCAAGUUGUUCUACAAGUACGACAUCAGUCCGAGAUACGACAUGAAACCCCUCACGCCCAGCCCAACAGACAUUUUGAACUCAUUGUGCCAAGAGUUCCUCUCGGUGAAUGUUUCGGCCAUCUUGUAUCUGAUGAACUACGAGAAAUAUGGAAGGAGCACUGCGUCUGCGCAAUAUUUCCUACAACUCGCUGGCUAUCUGGGUAUUCCGGUCAUUGCGUGGAACGCCGACAACUCGGGUCUAGAACGGAGGGCGUCCCAGUCGAGUCUCCAGCUGCAAUUGGCACCUUCUUUAGAGCAUCAGACGGCUGCCAUGUUGAGUAUUCUGGAGAGGUACAAGUGGCAUCAGUUUUCUGUAGUCACAAGCCAGAUAGCAGGACACGACGACUUCAUACAGGCAGUUCGAGAACGGAUCACAGACAUGCAAGACAGAUUCAAGUUCACGAUCCUGAAUGCUGUGCUAGUAACAGACACGAAGGACCUGAUUCAGCUGGUGAAUUCAGAGUCCCGAGUCAUGCUGCUGUACUCCACCAGAGAAGAAGCAAUACACAUUCUGAACGCAGCUCGGGAGUACAAGAUCACAGGGGAGAACUAUGUGUGGGUCGUGACCCAGAGCGUCAUGGAGAACCUACAGACUCCAUUCGCAUUCCCUGUCGGCAUGCUGGGCGUACACUUUGACACUAGCAGCGCUUCUGUAGUGAACGAGAUUACAACGGCAAUCAAGGUGUACGCUUACGGAGUAGAAGACUUCGUCAACGAUCGAAUAGGGGACUCCCGAUGGAAGACCGGUGACCGUUUCUUCAGGUAUCUUCGAAACGUCAGUGUAGAGGGCGAGUCUGGAAAGCCAAACGUCGAAUUUACACAAGAUGGAGUACUCAAGGCUGCAGAGCUCAAGAUUAUGAACCUGAGACCUGGUGUCAGCAAACAGUACGUUUGGGAAGAGAUCGGGGUGUGGAAGUCAUGGGAGAAGGAGGGUCUGGAUAUAAAGGACAUCGUGUGGCCAGGAAACACACACACGCCUCCCCAGGGAGUGCCAGAGAAGUUCCAUCUCAAAAUCACCUUCCUGGAGGAGCCUCCCUACAUCAACCUUGCGCCACCGGACCCUGUCACUGGAAAAUGCAGUAUGAAUCGCGGCGUACUCUGCCGUGUAGCCAAUGAGACGCAGAUGGAUGGAGUGGACAUAAACGAGGCGCAUCGCAAUGGCAGCUAUUACCAGUGUUGCUCCGGCUUCUGCAUCGAUCUUUUGGAAAAAUUCGCCGAAGAACUUGGAUUCACUUACGAACUUGUCAGAGUCGAAGAUGGGCGAUGGGGAACGUUAGAUAACGGGAAAUGGAACGGUCUGAUUGCCGACCUUGUGAACCGUAAGACGGAUAUGGUAAUGACAUCUCUGAUGAUUAAUUCGGAGAGGGAAGCGGUGGUGGACUUCACAGUACCUUUUAUGGAAACAGGCAUCGCCAUUGUGGUUGCAAAGAGGACGGGCAUAAUUUCUCCUACUGCGUUCUUAGAACCUUUUGAUACUGCAUCUUGGAUGUUGGUGGGCGUUGUAGCUAUUCAGGCUGCCACGUUUACAAUAUUUUUGUUCGAAUGGCUCAGUCCUGCAGGAUUUGACAUGAAGCAAGUGUCUCCGUCCCCGAACCACAGGUUUUCCCUCUUCCGCACCUACUGGCUGGUCUGGGCCGUGCUAUUCCAGGCGGCCGUCCACGUUGAUUCUCCGAGGGGAUUUACCGCGAGAUUUAUGACCAAUGUAUGGGCCAUGUUUGCUGUGGUGUUCCUUGCUAUAUACACUGCCAAUUUGGCAGCCUUCAUGAUAACACGCGAAGAAUUCCACGAGUUUUCAGGCCUCGAUGAUUCUAGGCUGUCAAAACCUUUCAGUCAUAAGCCGAUGUACAGGUUUGGAACCAUCCCUUGGAGCCACACAGACUCCACACUCGGCAAAUACUUCAAGACGAUGCACUCUUAUAUGAGGAACCAGAACCGUUCCACUGUUGCCGAAGGAAUAGAAGCUGUGCUUAGUGGGGAAUUGGAUGCUUUCAUAUAUGAUGGCACAGUACUGGACUACCUGGUGGCACAAGAUGAGGACUGCCGCCUACUCACUGUAGGGUCUUGGUAUGCUAUGACUGGAUAUGGACUUGCUUUCAACCGCAACUCAAAAUAUGUGCAGAUGUUUAGUAAGAGGUUGCUCGACUUCCGGGAAAAUGGAGAUCUUGAGAGACUCCGACGAUACUGGAUGACGGGAACAUGUAAGCCUGGGAAGCAGGAGCACAAGUCGAGUGACCCUCUGGCCCUUGAGCAGUUCUUGUCUGCCUUUCUACUGCUUAUGUCAGGCAUACUGUUGGCUGCAGUUCUUUUAGCUCUGGAGCAUGUGUACUUCAAGUACGUACGGAAGCAUCUGGCCAAGACGGACCGUGGUGGGUGCUGUGCUCUCAUUAGUCUUAGUAUGGGUAAAUCAUUAACAUUCCGUGGAGCAGUAUUUGAGGCUCAGGACAUUUUGAGGCAUCAUCGUUGUCAAGACCCUUUAUGUGAUACUCAUCUGUGGAAAGUGAAACAUGAGUUGGACAUUGCACGUAUAAAAAUUCAACAGCUGCAGAAAGAACUGGAGGCACACGGAAUUAAACAAAGCAGGAGGAAGAAGAAGAAACACGUCCCAUCCUGCUGGGUCACCUGCUUCACACAGAGCGAGCCUGCAGGACAGCAGGCGCCCCAAUUUCUGAAUGCAGAUGAUGUCCUGAAACCACGUGAUAUGACAAGAAAUCAUGUGUCCUCUACUGAAUUCACUGGCCGAUUUCAUGAUGAUCGCCCAAUAUACAGGUCAAGCAUUACAGAAAUAGCAGAGAUGGAGACAGUUCUGUGAUGGUGGCACUUCUGGAUACCUCUCAGUAUAUAUAUAAAAACAUGGAGUAACAAGAUCUGUACUGAAGUGGACAGUCAUAUAUAAAAUGAAGUUACAGAUGUGUUUAGAUAUAUCAUGUUUUGUGGAAUGAGAAGGACAGGAUGUGAGAGCAACACUCCUGCUGGGAAGGUUCAAGAUUAUUUCAGCACACUUUUAGAGAAUAAAUGUGAAGACACCAAACACAAUAUUUAAUACAUUACAAAACUGUCAAAGAAAAUGUAUUUUUAUUUUUGUGUUAAUUAGUUGGUGCAGGGAAAAAAAUCAUGUAUGGACGAGGUGAUCAUUGCCUGGUUCCUUAAGUGUUUAUCUAGAUGCCAAAUAGAUGUAAAAAAUCAUGAACAAGAAUGCAUAUUAGCAUGAUCUGUAUUUAACAGUUGCAUGUAAAACACUGAGACUUUUAUGGGAUCCCGAAAGUGCUCAAGAAAUCAAAAUGGUGCUACCCAUGAUAUACACAAAACUUGAAUAAAAACAAGAAAUAUUCUAUACGAAAGCCAAAGGAAAUAAUAGAAAUGCCAUAGACAUUCAUAUAUAUAAAAGUGAUGAUAGAAUAUUGUAUAGAAAAGAGUGUCAACUAUAUUGUCGUUAUUUAUUGUUGAUGUUCUAAUUGUUGAUGUUUGGGCUCUCGUGUCAUUCAUGUAGAUUGCAUGUAGCCAUUCUGAGAAAGCACUCAGUUAAGACAUGGUUAUGUCUGAGUACGUCCUGUUUAUAUAUUUCAGAUGCAGUUCAAUGUAUACCUCUUUAUUAAUCAGCAGGUUUUCUGUAAGAAACUGAAAUGCAGCUCAACGAUUUACAAGAAUUAGGAAGAAAGAUUUUUAUUUCUUCCUCAUGCUUCUAGUUGAAAUCUCCUUACCUUCGUGCCAUUGGUCAUUCCAUAAGAAGUGAAGGAAUACAUUUAUAAUAUUUGGAUGGCCUGUAUCACUGAUUUUGUUAAAAUUAAUAAAUAUACCUUCUUCAUUUUCAUAAUAGGGGUUGAAUUAUAAUUAAUGUUUCUUUCCUUACAGAAGUUAUUUUGGGGGAUGCUUUCAUAGCACCACAAGAAAGUCAUAUCUUUUAUGGAACCCUUUAGUUUCAGUACUUUAUUCAGAACAGCCUGCUACUGGACCCUAUCCUGAGCCAGACGAAUCUAGUCUAUAUCCUCCCACUCCAUUUCUUUAAAAUUCAGUUGAAUAUUAUAAUUCUCUUUAUUGUGACCAGAUUUCUCAACUGAUCUUUUCCAUUCAGGUAUUCUGAUUAAAAAUGUGUAUCCACUUCUCACUUCACCUGUGCAUUCUAUAUGUGCCACCCAACUAAUGAAUUUGAUUUGAUCAUUUAAUUUUGUGCACUCUUUACAAUUUAAAUUCCUGUUGAAUAUGAAACAAAUUUGAGACUCACAGCAGUUUUAUAACAUUAAUUAAGCUAAAAAAAAUGUGAUGUGCUCAAAUUUCAAACAAGAAGACGUGAUACCUACAUCCAUGACACGAGAUUUUAACCUUUCUGCAACCAUAUUAUUGUGAUAUAACAACACACAGCAAAAGUUUCCUUACCAUAAAGCAAAAUACCAGGCACAUUAAUUUUGUUAUUGUGUAUUUACAUACAUCUAGUUCUUAUCUAGAAAAAUCUCUAUGAAAACUAUAGCAGAAAUUGAAUCAAACAACAGUCUCUUAGUUAAAUUUAUAAAACAUUUCUGUACUUGGUUUUUUUUUUAAAUUUCAAAUCACCCUACACACUACCCAUCACAGGGUGUGUAGUUCAAGUUCAUGUUAACAGUUUUAGUAAGAAUGUAAGUAAAUAUGGCUUUGUAUGUGCAUCACAGAGAGCUGUCAAGUAAAAAUAUUAGUUUGGUGCUGUUUCACAUGCUCAGACUUUACUGGGCUCUAUCCAUUAAUAUUUUCUUUUUCCAUUGCCCUUUUACUCUUCUCCUUGAAUAUUAUGGUUAUUUUGGACCCAAUGUCACUCUUACAAGAGGAGCAUGUCUAUGUAAUUUAACUGUGCUUUAUCAGACUGGAUUAACCUACCUAAUCCAUUGGACUUACCCUUAAAUAGCUUGCUCCUUGUCCUGGAGUGUCCAUUUAAAUGGCAGGGUUAGAAAAGGUAGCACAAGGAAACAUAUAAUCUUUGAUCAUGACGUAGAGCUUAAUAUUAGGCUGCAGUGGAUUACAAUAAAAUUGUGAAAAAUGAAGUUUGAAUAAGAUGUUUAUACAUUGCACUGAUAUUAAUUUAUAUAAAUGAAGUUGUAAGGUAUACCUAUACGAUUUAGAAGAUGGCUGUAUUCUGGAAUGUUUAGGCACGUAGUCUUGUAGAAGUAUACUGACAUUUCAGAGAUGCUUGCUGUCUCCAUCAUCAGGGCAAAAGUCAGUAAACUUCUGUCAAACUAAAUGAUGCAACAUUCCAGAAGACAAUCAUCUUCAAACUUGCCACCAUAAGAAAGUGAAAUCUCACUCAGUUUACAAUUUGUUGAAAUGUUUAGUAUUAUUGUAGGAUUGACUGUGCCUAAUAUUUUCCUUUAUACUGGUAUUUUACUUUCAUUGUUUGGAGAUCCUUAAGUCCAGUGUUUGCCUUCCAUGUUGUUUUCAAUAUUGGGCAACCACCCUCUCCCAUUUUUGUCUUUCAGAGUCUGCAAAAACCAUGAUAAAAUCAGAGGUUGAUGAAAUGUGUACACCCACACAAUGCCACAGUUAUCAAAUUAGUCUUCAAAUUAAAAGGAAAUGAACAAUAUAUUUCUUGUUUGUAUCAUAAUUAUAUACUUAUGAAAUAUGAAUUACUCAGAUGAUAAUAUUGUCUAUGUAAGUGAUUUCUCUAAUGGUUGUUAUUUAUGAAAACAUGAAAAAAGAAACACAUUCAUGUUGUUGUAGCCAAUAGAUUAUUUGAGAGAAAAAAAACAAUGACACAUUAGUAUUGUAUAUAACAUAAGCAUGACUAUUUGAAGUUAUGAAAUGAUGAUAUUUAUAUAUGUAACAACAUAUAUUUUUGGUGAGUAUAAGAUCCAUUGUACAAAGAGUCUUUACAAACUUUUAUGUGCAUUUUUUCCAUUUACAUUAGAGGCCUACUGCAAUGAAAACUAAUUUACAUUCUGUGAAACAUUUAAGUUAUUCCUGUCAUUAAUAUUCACAUUCCUAAUGUAUAAUAUACUUUUUAUAGUAAGGGAAAUAUCAGAGUAGGUAUAAAACAUAAAAUUUAUUUACAAACUGUUGUAAUAUAUUAACAUAACCAUUUAUUAAAAAUCCCUGGUGAUGUUAAUAAUAACUUAAUAACUAACGGUUAAUUCCAUGAUUUACAGUAACAGUAACUGGAGGCCACACUGGCAGCUGCUUUUAGAGUGUGAUGAAAGCAUUUUUUACAUUAAUGUAUAAUAUCUGUAUUGUGUUUGUGGUGACAAAUGAUAUUUCCUUUGUUUAUUCUCUACUAUUUAUGUUGAAAAUGUUUAAAGUCAACUGUUGUCUUCUUAGGAAGACACUAUAAAUAAAAAUAACAUGUAAAUACAUUUUAAAAUUUCAGUAAAUACUGUGAGGUUCUUUUCAAAAUUAUGUUGCAAAUAUUCCUGAUAUCUGUAAAAAAAACUGCAGACCAAAUGCAUAAUGAAAGGAAAUUUGUAAUGAUAAAACUGAAACAUUAGCUUAAUAACAACAAUAAUAAUCAUUAUGUGAUCUAAACGUUGCUACUAAACAAAAGUAGAAUUAAAUAUUAUAGUACUCACACAUUAA